AUGCUGCUCACAUUACCACCGGAAAUCUUGCUCAUGAUCCUGGACUUUUGCAACCGAAAGGAAGUUUUGAAAAAUCUCUGCUUAGUCUCGAAAGCCUUACACCUUGCAGUGACCCCGCGACUUUACCGAUCCCUUACUUUACGUGCCAGAAACGAGGGGAAUAUAAGCGACCUUGCCAUUGAUUGUCUGUUGGAGCCCAGCUGUCAAUAUAUUGAACAUACUAGAGAUGUCAUAUUAACAGCGGAAUUCCAUGAACUGCUUUUUCGUCGUUGUCACGAUUAUGCGUCUUCUGAUGACGGUACUGAUGAUGAAGAUGACGAAUCCUCCUCCUCCUCCGAUAAUAACACCGAUUCUCUGGAAAAUUACCCCGAAAGGGUGAUUGGAGAGAGAACGAGCGGAGAUGAUCACCACGAAGAAGAUCCGAAAUACCUGCCGGAAGUCAUACCACAUAUUACAGAAUGGAGUGGAGGUCACUCUGACCUUUUUGCAUACGAGAAAUCUAGCGUCGGAUCUUCUGAGUCUUCUGGGUGGGACUAUGAUGAAGCUGAGGGAGCCGACGUUGAAGUUCCUUUGGAGAAUUUGGAAUCGAGAAUCCAAUCUCUUCUAGGUCUGCUUCCGGAAGCUAAAUUGAAAAAGUUCAGCUGGAGUCUGGGUACAUGUGUUCCAGAAGGCGUCAUCGAGUACUUAAUCCUGACACAGUCUCAAAUUACGUGUCUCGAGAUUGUCACCGACAGCACAUGUCUAGGUCAAGGCCAUCUGAACAUAUGCGAUUUGCACGGAUUGAAGGCUCUUCGACGAAUUCGAUGGAUACGACGUAACGAAUGCUCGUCAAAAACCCCGGGAAAGGCACUUCGCGCCAAUGCUUUGGCGUUGGAAGAAAUUGAGAUUGAUGAGGUUGGCUGUAGAGGAAUACGGAGAAGUCUCGCAAACGGGAGUUUGCUUUUGAACCAAUACUGA